AUGGACCAAUUAAAUGUCAAGGAGCAACAGGAGUUCCAACAGAUUGUUGAACAAAAGCAAAUGAAGGACUUCAUGAACUUGUACUCCAACCUUGUUUCCAGAUGUUUUGAAGACUGUGUCAAUGACUUCACUUCUGCCAACUUGUCGGCCAAGGAAACCAGUUGUAUUGCCAAAUGUUCUGAGAAGUUCUUGAAGCAUUCUGAACGUGUUGGCCAGAGAUUCCAGGAACAAAAGUAA